CACGGCCUCGUUGCCUGUUGAUAUCCAUUCCUAUCCACUCAUCCUUUCUAUCUCGUCAUCAAUUCCUCGUCUGAUUCAUCCCGACCGGUCUACACAAUGGCCGCUCUCACAAUGACCCCUGCCACCAUACGCCAACCCUUCGCCAGCUUGGAUGCGCCACGCAUGCGUUCCUUGCUCAAGAACAAGAUGAAUCUAAAGAACAAACAGGAUGGUGCCAUGCUUUUGGCAAAGAAGCAAUCCUUGUCGGAUAUGGACUCGGAAAAUAUUGACCCAACCACCCUUAAACACUCGACUAAGCGCAAACGUGGUGCGGAGGAUGACGGUCUGGAACCUGCCAAGGAACCAUGCAAGCCUUUCAAGUCCUCGCGCAUGGUGCCGACCACCGUGGAGUCCAUCGGUGUGACUCCUCGCAAGCCUACAACUCCCACAAAGCCCGCCCUGUCUACCCCCAAGUCCGCUCCCAUCCUCCGGCCUGCUGGACGCUCACCCCCACCCAAGUCGUGCAAGUCAUUCUCUCGUCGCUCCACUAUCGCCAAAGGCCGUCUCGAGUCUGCUAGUCGGAAGACCGUCCACCGCCCAUUUUCCCUUGCAACUGCUCUAUCCGGCUCCAAGUCGAAGCGCCACUCCACUCCCAAAGCUCCUGCCUCCUGGUCAUUUGAUAUCCAUGUGGACAACGAACAGGACGAGAUGACCAACCUGAUGCAGCACUCCACCUGUGUCCUGGACAUUAGCGACCAGGAAGGGAAAUUGGAAACCUCGGGACGAGGCAAAGAGAACGUACCUCCCGCUGAGCUCGGCAUUGAGCUUCCUCGCUCCCGUCAGCGCGAGUCCCCUGCUGCCGCGGCACGUAAAUCCGUUAUGCUUGAGGAAUCUCGGGAGCCCUUGGGUGACCUUGUCCCUGCUGAUUACUAUGGAGAAGAUUGCCAUGCUUUUUCGUAUGCCAUUGUAUACGAUGAGGAGGCCGAGGAGAAUGCCAAGGCACCCGUGUCCUCUCUACCACGCCCCAGCCCCACCUCCAACCGCAGCAAGCUUUCUACUGUUUCAUCCAUCUCUGCCUUGGUUGAAGCGACCACCCCCGCAAAGUCUAUUCUUGAACAAAAUGCCGAACCCUCUGAGGCUGAGAUCGAAAUCUGGGAGAGCGCAAGUGCUGCCGAGGAAGCGGCCAAUGCUGCCACCGCUUGAUAGGCUUUCGCCUACCUUAUCACUUUCGUCUAUAUCAACAAGAGCUCUAUUACAACGGCGUUUGGAUUCCUUUAGGGGCUGUACAGAAUCGUUCUUGGAUACCCUACUGAUACC